AACAGACCCUUGCUUGCUGUCUAGUAUUCUUUCUACGGGCAUUUUUCUAUAUUCUUUAAGGAAAGAAGAUAAAAUAUUCCAAAUAUCAAACAUAUAUUUCAAAAUGCAGAACCCAAAGAAAAGUCCAGAUUCUGAAAUAGAACCUGAGAAGUCUACAGAAAUAACACAUGAAGGGAUGGAAAUACCUGACUCAGUAAAGACGGUAUUGAUAAAAUUAGAAGAUUCUGAAUUAAAUCGAGACAAAAAGGAUUUGAAAAUGCAGUUUGAUAACAUAAUGUUGCAAGUGAAUGAGAUCAUAAAUCGCUACCAAGGAGAUAGUGACCGAAGUGAAUUCAGGAAAAGGAUUUUGUUCCCAACUGAAAAAGAUUUCCAAAAGUGUCGAGCCAAAACAUUGGACCUAAUGUACCAGUGUAUGCAAUCUGCUGAUGUUAAGGAAAGGAUUCUAAGAGAACUUCUAGCCUGGUUGGAAAAAUGUCAUGUCCCUUUGCCUGAUGCCACCAUCUCUGAGGAAGAUGAAAAAGAGUACUCCUGCUAUAUAGAAGACAUGGAAGCUUUGCCAAAUGUCCUCAGUACUACUCAGCUCAACAUCAAUUCACUGAUUGCUUUUGUCAUGCAUUUCUUAAAAGACAAAAAAAGAUACAGGAAAAAAUUAAUAUCCAAAGGUAUCAUGUGGAAAGCCUGGAGAGAAAAGAUUCUACAAAAACCUGAAGCAGGAAUUCCAUUAAAACCAGAGCAAAUGAUCAAGGAGGAAUUGAUUACAAGCAUCAAGGUUUCUGAGAUUCUUGACAUGCUACAGGAGCUCAUCGAUUCUAAGAUAUUCAACAAAAGUGAAAUUAAUGCUAUUAAGUACAUCUCCUCAACCGCAGGAAACCUUCAUAAGGCUUUGACAUUCCAAAAUCAAGAGCUUAAAAAUCUAGUUUUGCAAUGUACCGGCAUGGGAGAAGAAAUAAAAGGGUAUUAUGGGCUGGAGAAACAGAGCUUACAGCAGACAAUACAAAUUCUCAGUAAUAAAAAUGAGAGACUUCAGAAGGAAUUGAUAAAUAGAGAAGAAGAAUGUUGGAAACUUCUUCACCAUCAAGAAAAAUUAGAACGCCAGCUGAAACGGCUGAAGGAAGCGGCAAUCUUACCUACUGAGGAAAUUACGAAAAAAAAGAAAAAAUUGCUGCUAAGAAAACAAGAAAAAGAUAAGCAGCAUUUUGAGGAGCAAUCCUCAUCUGAGAAAUCAUCCUCAUCUGAGGAGUCUUUCCAGAUGGAAGUACCCUCAUUUCCAGAAUUUCUGGAAGAAUCAUCUUCGGACAGAAGAAAAUCGGAAAAAAGUCGUAGAAUCAGAUGGGAACAAAGCCCAAUUAGAGGUGAGUCACCUUCAGAUGGUAAACGUUCCUUGUCGCCAAUGUCCCCUCUCAGUUCUGAGAAAGCCCUCGGAUUUUCAAGAGAUACCCCAGAAGAUCAUUCUGGAGUUCCUUUCCCUGAGAGUAGCUCCCAGGAAACCAGAGAGGCAGAUAAACUUUUGACUGACAUAUCUAACAUGGGCAGACGUCCCGAGCCUCAUACGCCACCAGAGAGAAAAAAGCACAAGGAAAUCCAACCCACUCUGGAGGAUGAAGUACAAAGUGUAGCUAGCCUUGGUGAGAGAAUGAAAAUGAAAAGUAAGCUGGCUGCUGAGGAUUGGGGUGGAAAGUUUGAGAGAAGUAAAUCUGAAUGGUUUACUAAACUAAAGGCCUUAAGAAAGGAAUGGAGACAACGGGAAAAGGCGUUGACAGAGGCUUCCCAAAAUGAAUUGCAGGAUUUUCAGCAUGUCUUAAUGUCUUUCCUGCAACAGAAGAUUGACAACCUAGAGAAAUCUGACUCCCAAACUCAACUUAAAGAACUCGAAGAACCAAAGACACCACAGGCUCAAAAGUCAUUUCAGCAGGUAAGGGAAAAGUUGGAGGAAUAUUUUGAAAAACUGGUAGAGAGUCUGACUAAUACCUUGAAGAAAUACAAAAGAAAAAAACCAGAGAAGCCUGGAGAACCAAAGGUGAAGAAAGGACUCCCACAGACAACAAUAGAAACAAGCGUUUCGAGUGAGACCGCUGAUCCAACGCUGGCCAGUCUGCUCAAAGUGUUCUUGCCCCAAGCCCAUCCCCCAAAGGAAGGAGGAGGAAAGAAGCCGGGGAAGGGGUCUCGCCGCAGACAAAAGGAUAAGGAAGACUAUCUGGACUUUGACUUGACUAAAGAGAAAAGUUUCUCGGAAGAUCAAGGCUUGCAGUUCAUAAAACAAUUGCAGGAAGAGAGACGCCUCUGGAAGGAGACCCAAGAAGAGAUCCAACAAAAAUUACAGGAAGAGAAUAUAUGGUUUGAGAGACAAGACGAAAAGCUGAAAUGGGAGAUGAAGCAGAAGCAGUGGCAGGAAGAAGAGGAACUAUGGAUGGAGACGCAGAAGCACUGGAUGCAGCAGGAGAAGGAGUAUGAGAAAAAACGGAAACAGUGGGCACUGGACGCUGUUCAUCAUAAAAUGCUGGAUAUCAAGGAGCUGGAACGAUGGAAGGAGCAGAUAACCCACAAAUAUAAAACGCAAGUAGAAAUUCAAAUGCAGAUACUAAAGAGACAAGAGGAGGAGCUUCAAAAGCUGUUUCCAGAGAAGUUCAAUGAGUGGAGAAAAAUAAAGCAUCAAAAGGACAGAAAACAACAUAUUGAGAGAUUGCUAAAACAGUGGAAGCAGGAAGAGCAAGAGCUGGGUGAGCCCCUUUCAGAGCCCCUUACAGAGGUGACUUCACAAUACCUUAUAGCCUCUGAGAGAAGGAGGGCUUUUUCACUCCCUGUUGCCUCUAGGGAAAUUAAAAAAUCAUGGAGCUUUGUUGUUCCUGAGGAGUCUCCAGCAUUGAGUUCUCCUUUAGCUCCUGCCACUCCUGGACAGACCCCAGUAUCACAGUCCCUUGAUGCUCCCCGGCAAUCCUUACCAUCUAGGGAGCUGGAAACAUUGUUGGGCCCUGCUGCCCCUGAGGAAGCUCCAGGAUCCUGGGUCACUCCCGGAUCUGAGCCACCUCAGAAACUACAGAUCCCUGUUCCCCCUGAAAAACCCCAAAUGCCAUGGGCCCCUCUAGUAUCUGGGCAACCCCAAACAUCGCAGGACUUUCCAACCAUUGAGCAACCCCAAAUGUCAUGGUCCCCUGGGCAGCCCCAAAUAUCACGGACUACUAAGGGUCCUCAACAGGUCUCUGCAACCCCUGUAGCCCGUGGGCAGCCCCAAAUAACAAGGGAGCCUGGGCAGUUCCAAGGAUCAUGGGAUUCCAGAGAGCCCUUCCCACCUGUAACCCUAAAUGCUGUCCCUGGAGAGCCCCCACCACCUGUGGCCUUUGCGGUCCCUAUGGAGCCCCUACCACCUGUGGCCUUUGCUGUCCUUGGGGAGCCCCCUCCACCUAUGGCCUUUGGUAUCCCAAGGGAGCGCCCCAUAUCUAUGUCUUUUGGUGUCCCUAAGGAGCGCCAAAAACAUGUGACCUUUGCUGCCUCCAGCGAACCCCCCAUAUCUGUGCCUUAUGGUGCCCCUGGGGAGCCCCCUCCACCUGUGACCUUUGCUAUCCCUGGGGAGCCCCCUCCACCUGUGACCUUUGCUGUUCCUGGGGAGCCCCCUCCACCUGUGACCUUUGCUGCCCCUGGGAACCCCCCUAUACCUGUAACCGUUGCUGCUCCUUGGGAAACCCCCAUACCUGUGACCCUUGCUGCCCCUGGAGAGUCCCCCCCACCUGGGACCUUUGCUGUUGCUGGGGAUCCCUCCCCAUCUGUGACCUUUGCUGUCCCUGGGGAGCCCCCUCCACCUUUGACCUUUGCUGCCCCUGGGAAGCCCCCUCCACCUUUGACCUUUGCUGUCCCUGGGGAGCCCCCUCCACCUGUGACCUUUGCUGCCCCUGGGAAGCCCCCUCCACCUGUGACCUUUGCUAUCCCUGGGGAGCCCCCUCCAAUAGUGACCUUUGCUGUCCCUGGGGAGCCCUCCCCACCCGUGACAUUUGCUGGUCCUGGGGAGCCCCCUCCACCUGUGACCUUUGCUGUCCCUGGGGAGCCCCCUCCAAUAGUGACCUUUGCUGUCCCUGGGAAGCCCCCUCCACCUGUGACCUUUGCUGUCCCUGGGGAGCCCCCUCCACCUGUGGCCUUUGCUGUCCCUGGGGAGCCCCCUCCACCUAUGGCCUUUGCUGCCCCUGGGAAGCCCCCUCCACCUGUGACCUUUGCUGUCCCUGGGGAGCCCCCUCCACCUGUGGCCUUUGCUGUUCCUGGGGUGCCCCCUCCACCUGUGACCUUUGCUGUCCCUGGGGAGCCCCUUCCACCUGUGACCUUUGCUGUCCCUGGGAAGCCCCCUCCACCUGUGACCUUUGCUGUCCCUGGGGAGCCCCCUCCACCUGUGACCUUUACUGUCCCUGGGGAGCCCCCUCCACCUUUGACUUUUGCGGCCCCUGGGAAGCCCCCUCCACCUGUGACCUUUGCUGUCCCUGGGAAGCCCCCUCCACCUGUGACCUUUGCCGUCCCUGGGGAGCCCCCUCCACCUUUGACUUUUGCGGCCCCUGGGAAGCCCCCUCCACCUGUGACCUUUGCUGUCCCUGGGAAGCCCCCUCCACCUGUGACCUUUGCCGUCCCUGGGGAGCCCCCUCCACCUUUGACUUUUGCGGCCCCUGGGAAGCCCCCUCCACCUGUGACCUUUGCUGUCCCUGGGGAGCCCCCUCCAAUAGUGACCUUUGCUGUUCCUGGGGAGCCCCCUCCACCUCCCCCUCCACCUUUGACUUUUGCGGCCCCUGGGAAGCCCCCUCCACCUGUGACCUUUGCUGUCCCUGGGGAGCCCCCUCCAAUAGUGACCUUUGCUGUUCCUGGGGAGCCCCCUCCACCUCCCCCUCCACCUGUGACCUUUGCUGUCCCUGGGAAGCCCCCUCCACCUUUGACCUUUGCUGCCCCUGGGCAGCCCCCUCCACCUGUGACCUUUGCUGUCCCUGGGGAGCCCCCUCCACCUCCCCCUCCACCUUUGACUUUUGCGGCCCCUGGGAAGCCCCCUCCACCUGUGACCUUUGCUGUCCCUGGGGAGCCCCCUCCACCUUUGACCUUUGCUGCCCCUGGGCAGCCCCCUCCACCUGUGACCUUUGCUGUCCCUGGGGAGCCCCCUCCACCUGUGACCUUUGCUGUCCCUGGGCAACCCCCUCCACCUCUGACCUUUGCUGUCCCUGGGGAGCCCCCUUCACCUUUGACCUUUGCUGCCCCUGGGAAGCCCCCUCCACCUGUGACCUUUGCUGUCCCUGGGCAGCCCCCUCCACCUCUGACCUUUGCUGUCCCUGGGGAGCCCCCUUCACCUUUGACCUUUGCUGCCCUGGGGAUGACCUUUGCUGCCCCUGGGAAGCCCCCUCCACCUGUGACCUUUGCUGCCCCUGGGGAGCCCCCUCCACCUUUGACCUUUGCUGCCCCUGGGAAGCCCCCUCCACCUGUGACCUUUGCUGCCCCUGGGGAGCCCCCUCCACCUCCCCCUCCACCUGUGACCUUUGCUGUUCCUGGGGAGCCCUCCCCACCUUUGAACUUUGCUGUCCCUGGGGAGCCCCCUCCACCUGUGACCUUUGCUGUCCCUGGGGAGCCCCUUCCACCUUUGACCUUUGCUGUCCCUGGGGAGCCCCCUCCACCUCCCCCUCCACCUGUGGCCUUUGCUGUUUCUGGGGAGCCCCCUCCACCUGUGACCUUUGCUGUCCCUGGGGAGCCCCCUCCACCUUUGACCUUUGCUGCCCCUGGGGAGCCCCCUCCAAUAGUGACCUUUGCUGUUCCUGGGGAGCCCCCUCCACCUUUGACCUUUGCUGCCCCUGGGGAGCCCCCUCCACCUUUGACCUUUGCUGCCCCUGGGGAGCCCCCUCCACCUUUGACCUUUGCUGCCCCUGGGGAGCCCCCUCCAAUAGUGACCUUUGCUGUUCCUGGGGAGCCCCCUCCACCUUUGACCUUUGCUGCUCCUGGGGAGCCCCCUCCACCUCCCCCUCCACCUUUGACCUUUGCUUUCCCUGGGGAGCCCCCUCCACCUGUGACCUUUGCUGUCCCUGGGAAGCCCCCUCCACCUUUGACCUUUGCUGUCCCUGGAAAGCCCCCUCCACCUUUGACCUUUGCUGCCCUGGGGAGGAGCCCCCCUGCACCUGUGGCCUUUGCUACCCCUAGGGAGUCUCCCACGGCUGUGGCUUUUGCUUUCUCUAGAGAGCUCCCCACAUAUGUGACCUUUACUGCCCCUAUGGAGCCUCCUAUAUCUGGGACCACUGUUCCCCUUAGGCAGCACCCCAAACGUGUGACCACUGCUGCCCCUAGGGAGCCCCCCGCACCUGUGACCUUUGCUGGCCCUGGAGAGCCCCCACCACCUGUGGCCUUUGCUGGCCCUGGAGAGCCCCCACCACCUGUGGCCUUUGCUGUCCCUGUGGAGCCCCUACCACCUGUGGCCUUUGCUGUCCCUGUGGAGCCCCCUCCACCUUUGGCCUUUGGUAUCCCAAGGGUGCGCCCCAUAUCUAUGUCUUUUGGUGUCCCUAAGGAGCGCCAAAGACAUGUGACCCUUGCUGCCCCCAGCGAACCCCCCAUAUCUGUGCCUUAUGGUGCCCCUGGGGAGCCCCCUCCACCUGUGACCUUUGCUGUCCCUGGGGAGCCCUCCCGACCUGUGACCUUUGCUGUUCCUGGGGAGCCCCCUCCACCUGUGACCUUUGCUGUUCCUGGGGAGCCCCCUCCACCUAUGACCUUUGCUGUUCCUGGGGAGCCCCCUCCACCUGUGACCUUUGCUGUUCCUGGGGAGCCCCCUCCACCUGUGACUUUUGCUGUCCCUCAGGAGCCCCCUCCACCUGUGACCUUUGCUGUCCCUGGGGAGCCCCCUCCACCUGUGACUUUUGCUGUCCCUCAGGAGCCCCCUCCACCUGUGACCUUUGCUGUUCCUGGGGAGCCCCCUCCACCUGUGACUUUUGCUGUCCCUCAGGAGCCCUCCCCACAUGUGGCCUUUGCUGCCCUUGGGGAAUUCCCCCCACCUGUGGCUCCUGCUGGCCCUCGGGAACCUCUCACCCCUGUGGCUUUUGGUGUCCCUAGGGAGGCCCGCACACCUUUGGCUUUUGGUGCCCCUCGGGAGCCCAGUAGACGUGUGCCUUUUGCUGCCCCUAAGGAGUUCCCCCCACCUGUGGCUCCUGCUGGCCCUAGGGAGCCCCUCACAACUGUGGCUUUUGGUGCCCCUAGGGAGCUCCUCACAACUGUGGCUUUUGGUGCCCCUCGGGAGCCCAGUAGACGUGUGCCCUUUGCUGUCCCUAGAGAGUUCCCUACACCUGUGGCCCCUGCUGGCCCCAGGGAGCCCCUCACACCUGUGGCUUUUGGUGCCCCUCGGGAGCCCAGUAGACGUGUGCCCUUUGCUGUCCCUAGAGAGUUCCCUACACCUGUGGCCCCUGCUGGCCCCAGGGAGCCCCUCACACCUGUGGCUUUUGGUGCCCCUAGGGAGCUCCUCACAACUGUGGCUUUUGGUGUCCCUCGGGAGCUCAGUAGACGUGUGCCCUUUGCUGGCCCUAGGGAGCCUCUCACACCUGUGGCCCCUGCUGGCCCCAGGGAGCCCCUCACACCUGUGGCUUUUGGUGUCCCUAGGGAGCCCAGUAGACAUGUGCCCUUUGCUGGCCCUAGGGAGCCCCUCACACCUGUGGCCCCUGUUGGCCCCAGGGAGCCCCUCACACCUGUGGCUUUUGGUGUCCCUAGGGAGCCCAGUAGACAUGUGCCCUUUGCUGCCCCUAGGGAGGUCCCCACACCUGUGUCCCCUGCUGGCCCCAGGGAGCCCCUCACACCUGUGGCUUUUGGUGCCCCUCGGGAGCCCAGUAGACAUGUGCCCUUUGCUGCCCCUAGGGAGUUCCCCACACCUGUGGCCCCUGCUGGCCCCAGGGAGCCCCUCACACCUGUGGCUUUUGGUGCCCCUCGGGAGCCCAGUAGACAUGUGCCCUUUGCUGCCCCUAGGGAGUUCCCCACACCUGUGGCCCCUGCUGGCCCCAGGGAGCCCCUCACACCUGUGGCUUUUGGUGCCCCUAGGGAGUUCCCCCCACCUGUGGCUCCUGCUGGCCCUAGACUGCCCCUCAUAUCUCAGGCCCCAGAGGCCUAUGUGUCCCAGUUCAUUCCUUACCCUGGACAGAGACGAGUCUCACCUGGGCCACAGUUACUCAAGCCAUCUGAUAGUUUUAGGCAGCCCCUAACAACACAGCCACCUUCUGCCUUAGAGAAACUCAGCCCAGGUUUGGGUCCUCCUCCAUCUCUGAAGCCAUUUUUGGGUGGUCCUCCUUCUCCAAAAUUUGAGAUGCCACUGUUCCCUCCUACUUCUGGAAAGCCCCCAGGAAUCUUGAAGAAAACUCAACCUUAUACCCCGGAGGAAGAGAUUGCGUACAAGGCCCUAUCACCUCAACCAUCUUUAGUUGCUGAAUAUUCUUUUCCUGUGGCUAAGUUUCCAAAGUCACCACCUCCACCUUCUGCUCAGUUUCUUCAAAUAUCACCGCUUGUGACUUCUGCCCACAUACCACCCAAAGUCCAUCUCCCUUCCAUAGAGAGCAAACGCCCAACGUCACCCUCUCUUAUAGUCGCUGGGAAAUCCAAGAUGAUAGUGCCCCCUUCCUCUCCAAGAGAUUUCUUUGUAUCUGUUCCUCCCACUGAAGAAACUCGCUACUUUAUUGAUGUUGAGGGUCAAAGGAAGAACCUGGCAAUCCUUAGCCAGGCAAAAGAAAGCUUUCAAUUGCCCUUGAGGCUAUAUCAUGCAGCUAAGGAACUCAUAAAUGAGACACAUUAUUUGAACCAAAUCAGGCUGGGGUACCUGUUCCGCAAGUACAAUGCCUAUAGACUGAUCCAGAGUGCCAGGCAAAACAUCAUCAAUCGAAUAAAAGCCAUUAGAAAUUCUGGGAGAGGCCAGGAAUCCCAGAUCCUUUACCUGUUUCUGAGUAGAAUUGAUGCGUACCAAAAAAAAAUGAUGGAGGCAUGGACAAUGAAGCAAAUGGUGUUGGAACAGAGGCACAAUAUGUGUUCAGUAAAGAUGAUAGACUUAUAUGACCAGAUCCAAAAGAAAUAUAACCUGAAACUUAAUAGUCCAAUACCAUUGACCAUCCACAAAGAGGAGCCAGAACACCCUUUGAAAGAUGUCUGCUUCAAACAUGAGGUCCAAUGGCCAUUCCCAAUGAAGAUGGAAAAGGAAGAAGAAUUUGAAAUACUAAAGAAACUUGAGAAACCGAAGGACAAAGUAGAGUCUCUUUGGCAGGCUGAUUUGUCCACCUCCAGUUUCCCAAUAGAAGCAAAGACACCUAUGAAAUUACUCUGGGAUCAGGUUGGUGGGUAUCCAGAUAUUCCCAGACUUCUGGAAUUAGAUGUCCAUUCUACCCUCAGCAAAUCUCUUGCAUCUAUUCGAUCAAGAUUCCGGAGAAUUCCCAGUAAACAAAGAAAUGAAUACUGAUGUACGCAAGUAAAUUCUGUUUAAGUAAAA